CUCUCUCUCUCUCUCCUCCUCUCUCUCCUUGGCUUUAAGUUUCACAAUAAAAAGAAAAUAAAAAUAUAGUAACAGGCAGAAGAUGAAAUAUGGUAUUCUGUUCAUGUCGUUUUUCACUUUUGACCCUCGAAAAUCACUUAAUUUCCACUCUUCCGACACCUAAAACACACCCGACAGAGGCAAAGAGAGGGAGUGUGAACUGUUGUUUUUUUUUUUCAUGGAGGCGAGCUUCCAAGUUGAAGCUGUGAUUGAGUUCUUGAGGAAGAAUGGCUUAAAAGAAGCUGUUAAAGCUCUCGAACAAGACAUGAUGGAGAAAAAAGAAAAAGAAGAAAAGGUAGGUGCUUUUGAUUUCGAGAAGUUCUUGUUCCCCAUGCCGCCGCCGGUGAGGAUUCCGGCCACAAUCCGGAGAUCGGAGGUGGACGAGAAAGUGAAUUCCAGUGAUGGCGAUGAAUUCGUCAGCUUGAGGUCUUCUUCCAGUGAUGUUUUCUCUUCAGACUUUGUGAAUCCGUAUGGACUUCAUUCUGCAUCUCAGGCUGGUUCCGAUACUUCUUCGGAUCGAUUAUCUCAAUUCGGAACCGCACGCGAUUACCCUGAUUUCGAAAUGCAGAACGACUUGUUUUGGCACGAUGACAAAGACGAAGACCACUUCUUGAUUCCUUGUUUUGCUGGGUCGGAUUUCUACGUCUGCCCCAGUCAGGAUAAGUUUGUCACAACUUGGGAGAUCGAGAUGCAACGUGAUAACACGCUGAUUUCGUAUGACGAAUCCGAUGGAUUUCGAACCGAAGAUGGCAUUGAUUACUUGGACAAGCCAUGCCUUUUUAAUAUGUCCAGCAUAAAUGGAGAAAAUGAUGAGGUUCGAGUUAUGGAUUACUAUCAUUUUGAUAAAAGUAAAGGGAUUGAAGGUGGCAUUUUACCCGAAUUGAAGAACUGUGCUUAUGAGUCAGAGGGACCAGGUCUUUAUGAUGAAAAUCCGCUCAACUUCGGCUACAUAGGCACUAAAGGAACAGAUUUUGAUGAUUUUCAGCUGAAGGUUGCUGGAGACAUUGACGCCGAUCAUAAUGGAGCUUCCGAACAUAUAUCAAAAACGAACUUUUACUCGGCCAGAAGGGGUUCAAAUGAUUUGAUUGAUGAGUUUGGAGGUGAUUCUGAGUUAGUGAACAAGAUUUCCGAGAAGAAAUUAUUACCUGAUUCAGUUGACAGUAAUGAAGUUGAAGAUGGAAAACUCAGUGAACUUCAGGAUGCUGCAAAUGAAGAGGGCGACGCUAUGGAUGAACUUCAAAUGUACUCUAAUGAGGAUGAGUAUGAAGUGUUCGAUUUGCGAAUCAUUCACAGGAAAAACAGGACUGGAUUCGAAGAAAACAAGGACCUGCCGAUCGUAAUAAAUAGUGUCAUUGCUGGAAGGUAUUAUGUAACGGAAUACCUAGGUUCGGCUGCUUUUAGUAAGGUUGUUCAAGCGCAUGAUCUUCUCACGGGAAUCGAUGUUUGCCUGAAGAUCAUAAAAAACGACAAAGAUUUCUUCGACCAGAGUUUGGAUGAAAUUAAGCUUCUAAAGCUUGUUAAUAAGCAUGAUCCCGGAGAUAAGUUCCACAUUCUGCGUCUCCACGACUAUUUCUAUCACCAGGAGCACCUCUUCAUUGUCUGUGAACUGCUUCGAGCAAACUUGUAUGAAUUUCAGAAAUUCAAUCAAGAAUCAGGUGGAAAAGCUUAUUUUACACUACGCAGGUUGCAGGUCAUAACUCGACAAUGUUUGGAGGCACUCGAUUACUUGCAUGAGUUGGGAAUUAUUCACUGCGAUCUAAAGCCCGAGAAUAUUCUCAUAAAAAGUUACACACGAUGCGAGAUAAAGAUUAUCGAUCUUGGAAGCAGUUGCUUCCGGUCAGACAAUCUAUGUCUAUAUGUUCAAUCUCGCUCCUACAGAGCCCCGGAAGUCAUCCUUGGACUGCCAUAUGACCAGAAGAUUGACCUUUGGUCUCUUGGAUGUAUCCUUGCCGAGCUAUGUUCUGGGGAAGUGCUGUUCCCAAAUGAUGCAGUCGUGAUGAUCCUUGCACGGAUGGUUGGAAUGCUCGGUCCUUUCGACAUGGAGAUGUUGGAGAACGGGCAAGAGACGUUCAAGUAUUUCACAGAAGAAUAUGAUUUGUACCACAUUAACGAGGAGACGGACCAACUAGAAUACAUUAUUACCGAGGAGUCUUCCUUGGAGCAACAUGUUCAAGUAUCCGAUGUGUUGUUCAUUGAUUUCGUUAGACAUUUGCUUCAGAUGAAUCCUCAAAGGCGCCCAACUGCAAAGGAAGCGUUAGAACACCCAUGGCUUUCCUACUCGUGCUAAACCGGAACUCACCGGAUUGCUGGCGGAAUGGCGCUUUCAUCGAGCAAUAUCUUACGAGUGAGUCGAGCAUAGUUCCAAUUUCAAUUUUGGUUUUAUGUAUAGCAAAGGAAAAACCGGAUCGCACUUGAAAUCGGAUUCACAUUUUUUUCUUGUACAAAGCUCCUCCGCGAGGUUUUCCCCACCGAUUCUACAUCGUUUUGAGUGAUAAGGAUACAUUCACUGA